GGCGCAUACAGCUACCUUCUGCGUCCAUGUGGCUCUGAAACAGGUCUCUACACGCUCCUACUCUAUGAUGGCCUCCGCAUUCGCAAAUACAAGUUAGAGUUAGUCAGCUCCUGGCAAGCAGUCCUAUCACAGUCCGUUCCUCUUUCACUUUCAGAAAGUAAAUCUGCCGUAAUAUUGCCCGCUUCUAGUCUGCCCAGCCCAACUGUCAAAUCUGAAAUGACAUUUUCAGAUCAGAGCGAUUUUCCUACAUGUGAUUCUACUUUUGGUCAGAGGUGA